CAACCACAGUUGGGUACGUUCAGACAAUAAUAGUGUGGUUAUACUUUGUAUAUGUUCUGUGGUUAUAGUUAUUGAACGUAAUUGUAUACUGUUGUAAAUGUGUUCAAAUGUUUAACAUGACAAUUGACAGUUAUUGACAGUUUGACACUUUAUUUUAUCCUACCGAAUAUGCUUAGUCUCGUGCCUUAAGCUGCUUUCCGUAUUGUUCUGUGUUUAUACGCAAUCGGUAGUGUGCCCGGUGAAAAUAAGUCAGAAAAUAACUCACUGCGACAUUAUCUAGAAAGAGUUCGAAGUGCUUGAUCUGUGGACAGAAAAUAACUUUCUAAAAUUGUUGUAAUCGAGAAUUCACAACUCAAUGGCAUCCACAUCUAAGAGACAAAGUGCACACAAGAAGAAUACAAUAAAAGUUGAUUUAACCGAGGGACAGAAGGCUGACAUAAAAGAAGCAUUUGAUCUGUUUGAUCCAGAUGGUACUGGAAAAAUUGCUACCAAGGACCUUAAAGUUGCUUUUAGAGCCAUGGGGUUUGAACCAACUCAGAAAGAAAUACAGGCACUCCUAGCAGAUGUUGCACCAGAAUGUCCUAACCAGUUAUCUUACGAAGAAUUCAUGAAAGUAAUGUUAAUCAAAAUGUCGGAGGAAGAAGGUCAAAAUGAAAUAUUAAGGGCAUUCCGUCUUUUUGACGAUGAUAAAACAGGGAAAAUAUCCUUUGAAAAUUUGAAAAGGGUUGCUAUUGAAUUGGAAGAGAACUUGACCGACGAGGAACUAUUAGAUAUGAUCAACCAGGUGGAUGAAGAUGGCGAUGGACAAAUAUCACUAGAAGAAUUUGUGAAACUUUUUAAGAGUAUGUCAUGUCCUUAGUUUGUAAUUGAGUUCAUAUAUAUUAAGCUAAAAUCACAUAUCUAUAUCAAAUUAAUGUGGAGUCAUAAAAACAUUUUUAAAUCAACUUUUAAAGUUACUAACUAAUAAUGUUUAUAUUGUAUUUAUAUAUUCUAAAUGUGUAUACGUUUUUGUAUAUUCUAAAGACUGAUAUUCUGAUACGAUUAUCUUUUGGUACAUUUGUCAAAGAUAUUUUUUGUAAACACAUGAAUAUAGAUGUUUAAUCUGUCAUGAGUGUGUAAAAAUAAAUAAAAUUUUAUGUUUAUUGCUUAAAAAAA